CAGGCGGUACGCGUAGGGGGGGCUAUAUUUACGCGUUCACUUGAAAUAACUAGUACAAAUAUGUGGUGGAACUAAGUCGACUGGUGUGUGAAGUUACAUCUACAGUCCUGUAUCACGACUGGUGUAUAUAUCUACGUCCCUAUAUCUUGACUGAGUAAAUCUACACUCGUGUAUACCGUCUACUGAAGGAAAUAACAAUCCUCUCGGUGAGGCCCAAAUACCCUAUUUUAAAAGAAUGAAAGCGACAAUGCUGAGUAUAUUUUUCACGGACAAUCUGACAGCAAUUCUCAGUUGUGGUGUUGGUGCCCUCGUGCUGUGGCUGACGUUCAGGAGGCCGUCGGGAACACCCCCGGGGCCAGGUUUCCCCUUACCGCUUGUCGGCCAUGCGUUGUCCAUCGGGAAGAAUCCGAAGAAGAAAUUCCGAGAAUGGCAUAAAAAAUACGGUGACAUUUUUAGUGUGUAUAUUGGUAAUCGGUUAGUGAUCAUCUUGAAUGGCUAUGAGGUCUUGAAAGACGCUUUUGUGAAGCACGGUGAUGUUUUCUCUGAUCGUCCUCAUGUUUUUGUGGUUGACGAGGUUAGCAACGGCAUGGGCUUGGCCGGAACAUCCGGACAGGUCUGGAAGGAACAGAGGCGCUUCACGCUGUCCACGCUGAGAGACUUCGGGAUGGGCAGGAACAUACUGCAGGUGAAGGUUAACGAAGAAUCAGCCUCGUUUCUGCAUGAAAUUGCAGGGAUGAAAGGAAAGAAGUUUGAUUUCCGAGAUUUGAUCCACACGGCGGUGGCCAACAUCAUCACUUCUAUAGUGCUUGGCAAAAGAUUUGUCUAUGGCGACCAAUUCUUCAAGGACUUGACAGCUAAAAUAGAUGAAAACCUUCAGUCAGUUGGAGCUACAGCCGGCUUGAACUUCAUACCACUUGCUCGGUAUAUUCCGGGAGACCCAUUCAAGUUCAAAAGGACACUGGCGAAUCUGGCAUUCUUUGUCAACAAUCUGACAAAACCUUCUAUGGAUGAGCAUUUGAAAGAGUAUGAUGAGUCCAACAUUGAUGAUUAUAUAUCAGCUUACAUAAGAGAGAUUAAGCGGAAGGAGCGUGAAAACGCGGAGUCGUCCAUUGGCUUAGAAAAUCUGGAAAAAGUAAUUGGUGAUUUGUUCCUUGCAGGAACUGAAACCACUGCGACUACCAUACGAUGGGCCGUUCUACUGCUCUUGAAAUAUCCUGAAAUUCAAGAAAAAUGUUUCCAAGAAAUCAAGAUGAACAUCGGCCAAGAGAGGCUGCCACUUAUGUCGGACAAGCUGGAGUUACCUUAUGUUGAAGCAACCAUAGCUGAGAUACAGAGAGUGGCCAACAUCAUCCCUGUGUCAAUCUGGCACAGUGUGCCUCAUGACCUAAAGUUCAGGGGCUACACAUUCCCUAAAGGAGUUAUCGUGCUGCCCAACAUUGACUCUGUGCUUAUGAACCCUGGAACCUUCAAAGAUCCGGAAAGGUUUCAGCCUGAGAGAUUUUUGGAUGACGAUGGAAAGUUUGUGAAGCCCGAGGAACUCAUCCCCUUCUUUCUGGGCAAGCGGGCCUGUAUUGGGGAGUCUCUGGCAAGGAUGGAACUAUUCCUUUUCCUGACAGCAAUGAUUCAGCGCUUCCGGUUCCAACAACCUGAAGAUGAGCAACCGCCAACCAUGGAGGCUGUGCCGGGAGUAACGUUUGCCCCACUGCCAUUUAAGUUCAUUGCAGCACCAAGAGUCUGAUGUCUGUGGGUUGUUCCUUGUACUUGACCAUGACCACAUAUUGAUUCUGUAACCUUGACCAACAUUGGAAUCCCACAUUUAUCAAGUCAGUGGUUUGGCCAAACUGAACCCUAAAUCUUUCUCUUUGUGAGUGAGUGAGAUUUUAUAAUCCUUCUUAUUGUACCACAACUACAUCAAGAAUGAGUUCACACAUGGCAUCCCUGUGAGGCAUAAAGUAUGAUAAAUGAUUUCGGCAAUGUCACAAACAUUAUGGAAUUAGUGGCGACUUCAGUGAUGAAUAACUACAUGCCCCUUCUGUUGUAGCACACAUAUAAUGCAAAUGUUUAUUCGUGGUGAUGAAUAUUGAUCUAAUAAGUGUUGGAGACUUUGUGACUGAUGACAGGAUCAAUUACUGUAAUAUGAACUAUGAACUGUGAAGUUGAUGAACACUUGGGGUCAUCACUAUUUGAUAGUGAUUUAUUCCGACACAUGUUUAUGAUAUUAGAAAUGUACAAUUGACACUCCUUUCAGGAAAUGUCUUUUUGAUAAUGGAAAGGGUUGUGUGGCCUUUAUUUACCCUAUUUGUUGACAGAAUAUCCAUUUUUGAGAAUAUAAGGACAGUGAUGUAAUUUUGUAUGUUUAGAAAAUUUGACUGUUGGGUGUAUGUUGUAACAUUGAAAGAGAUAUUCUAUUAUUCUAUAUUUAAUAAAAAAG